AUCAAAUUCAAAAUUCAAACGGGGAGGUCUAUGUUUGUUUUUUUGUAACUUUUUAUAAAAAAAUUAUUUCACCGAAGUUAAUAAAUUAAAUAAAUUUAGGGUGAGUGAAGCUUGCGGUUGCGGAUAAAGAUGAAGAAAGCGUUGACGGUGCUCGGGGCCCUAGCGUUAGGGUGGCUUGCAAUUGAGAUAGCUUUUAAGCCGUUUCUGGACAAGGCUCGAGCCGCCAUGGACAAAUCAGAUCCUGCUCGUGAUCCGGACGACGACGUCGUUGAAGACGACAAGAAGUCUUCCUCUUCCUCCUCCGAUGCCGAUGCCGAUUCUUCGGAUGAGAAACCUUCCUAUGAGAAGCCUUCUGAUGCAUAAGGUCAUAUUUAAAUAUUAUUAUAUUUCUAGGUAUUUGCUUUAACUACUGUUAAGUAUAGUUUAUGUAUUAGAAGUUGAAUUUCUACUGUUAUGAUUAUUAGUUUUUCAGUUCAAUUUUUA